CUUCCCUGUCACUUGGCUUGGAAUUCAAGCAUUACAUGAAUGCCUGAUAGGUAUUUGUGAUGUGGACGCAAAGAGCACCAGUGCCUGUGCUUGCAAGCAAUUGACUUUGUCCCUAAUUAUUGGAAUCCUCCCCCUCUUGGAAUCAACAAAUUCAAAGACCCUCCAGAUCCAGAUUCCAAACCAAUCACCCAUACACAACUCCCUCAUGGAGGAUUCCCAGCAACAACACCUUCUCGAGCCGAACGAAGGACCCGAAGCCGUUACCGUCCUCAAUUCACCAAAGAAGCUAGCUCUCCUUCCUCUUGUCUUUCUCAUCUAUUUCGAGGUCUCUGGCGGUCCGUAUGGUGAAGAGGCCGCCGUGAAGGCUGCUGGGCCGCUCCUGGCCAUUCUUGGCUUCCUCAUCUUCCCCUUCAUCUGGAGCAUCCCGGAGGCUCUUGUCACUGCGGAGCUGGCCACUGCCUUCCCCGGCAAUGGAGGGUUCGUCAUCUGGGUCAAUAAAGCCUUUGGGCCUUUCUGGGGCUCUCUCAUGGGCUUCUGGAAGUUCUUUAGUGCGGUCAUAAACUUGGCUUCGUAUCCUGUUCUCUGUAUAGACUAUGUCAAGCUGGUGAUUCCUUCUUUGUCUUCUGGCUUACCUCGCUACCUGUCCAUAUUUUUCUCCACUGUUGUUCUGUCUUUUCUGAAUUAUACUGGUCUAACUAUAGUGGGUUAUACUGCUGUGGCUCUAGGAGUUGUUUCUCUGAUGCCGUUUGUAUUGCUGUCCUUGAUUUCAAUUCCCAAAAUUGAUCCCAGCCGAUGGUUGAGUUUGGGUCAGGCGGGUGUGAAGAAGAAUUGGACUUUGUACCUCAACACCCUGUUUUGGAAUUUGAACUUUUGGGACAGUGCUAGUACUAUGGCCGGUGAAAUUGAGAAACCGCAGAAAACAUUCCCAAAGGCCUUGUUAUCUUCCGGGUUGCUUACAUGUUUAGGUUAUAUAAUUCCUUUGCUUGCUGCUACAGGAGCCAUACCACUUGAUCAGGAAAAAUGGGUUGAUGGGUAUUUUGCAGAUGUGGCCGAGAUGGUUGCUGGAGGGUGGUUGAAAGUCUGGAUGGAAAUUGGGGCUGUUCUGUCCAUUGUUGGGCUAUAUGAAGCUCAAUUGAGCAGCGCAGCAUACCAGGUUCUGGGUAUGGCAGAUUUAGGAUUUCUACCUCGAAUUUUCGGAGAAAGAGCAAAGUGGUUCAAUACUCCCUGGAUGGCCAUUUUGGCAGCAACAGUAAUAGCGCUCGCAAUGUCUAACCUGAGUUUCACGGCCAUCAUAUCUACAGGUAAUUUCUUGUACAGUUUGGGGAUGCUUUUGGAGUAUGCAUCUUAUCUUAAGCUGAGAAGGAAGUUCCGGUCACUGAAAAGGCCAUUUGAGGUUCCAAUGGGAUUCCCAUGUCUGGUCAUCAUGUGCUUGGUGCCAUCUGUGCUUCUGUUAGUUGUGAUGGCUGUUGCUAGCAAAGUUGUGUACGUGGUCAGUGCUUUCCUGACUUCUUUCGGCAUUGUGUUAUAUUAUUUUCUGAAUCUCUGCAAGGCCAAGAACUGGAUUCAAUUCAUGAAUUCAGUAGACGCGAUGGAAGAUGUGGACGGCCAUAAUUUAUAGACGCUGGGGAUUGUUUGAGCUCUAUAUUAUGUCGUGAUUGUGUAUAUAAUAGUAAUUGAUGAUGUGGGAAAGUUAAGAAGUUUCUGCUGAAGAAACUGGUUGGUUCUUAUGAAUUCUUUAUUAUCUGAGGUUAAAAUUAUGAUGCAGGAAGUGAUGUAAAAUGGUCUUUAGAUCGAUGUAUCCCUUAUCUUCUUUAUUGAAUGGAAGCAUGUAUUCAUAAA